GGUCAAAACGGCACAGCUGUCAUCGUACCUGCAGAAAGUAAAAAUGCUAGCGAGCAACUAUUCAAUAGAAAUCAUUUUAACCAAUGGAUCAGUGAUCGAAUAUCAUUGCAUAGAACGCUACCUGACCCUCGUCAUCCAAUGUGCAAAGAUCAAAUCUUUCCUCUUCAUCUACCGACAACUAGCGUGGUGGUAGUUUUUCAUAAUGAAGCUUGGUCAACCUUACUCAGAACGGUCCAUAGUAUUCUCAGUCGGUCGCCACCUGAUCUCCUACACGAAAUAAUCUUACAAGAUGAUUAUAGCGAUCCUAUAGGGCACGCCGAACUUUUUAUGCCACUAGAAUUAUAUACAUCAAAGCUAGAAAAAGUAAAAAUUUUCCGAAAUGAAAAGCAUGAAGGCUUGAUAAGAUCAAGAUUAAAUGGUUUUAGCCACGCAACAGCACCCGUUGUAACGUUUUUAGACGCUCAUUGCGAGGUUACUACCGGUUGGUUAGAGCCUCUGCUGGAACGUAUUUAUCUUAAUGAAACUACAGUAGUUUGUCCUGAAAUUGAUGUCAUCGACGAUAGGACAUUUCAAUACCAAUUUGGACCUCCCGCCUUAAUGAGAGGAGUCUUUAAUUGGCAGUUAUACUUUAGGUGGGCAUUAAUACCACCAGAAGAACAUAAAAGGCGCAAAUCCCCUAUUGACCCUGUUUGGUCACCUACCAUGGCUGGAGGCCUUUUCGCCAUUAGUAAGAAAUUUUUUAAAAGGCUCGGGACUUACGAUGAUCAGUUCGAUGUUUGGGGAGGCGAAAAUAUGGAAAUAUCUUUUAAAGCUUGGCUCUGUGGUGGAAAAUUAGAAAUUGUUCCUUGCUCGAGGGUGGGUCAUGUAUUUCGUCAUAAUCAACCUUAUAAAUUCGGUGGUAAUUUUCUCAGUCGCAAUUCUCAGCGUGUUGCUGAAGUAUGGCUGGAUGACUACAAAGAAUUUUUUUAUCAAGUUCAACCUCAUUUACGUAAGGAAGAGUUUGGCAAUAUUGCUGAAAGACUGGAAUUAAAGAAGAAAUUAAAGUGCAAGCCAUUUAAAUGGUAUCUGCAGAAUAUUUACACGGAUGUUGUAUUGCCAAAUGAGUCGUCAAUAGCCAAAGGAAAGCUUAAAAAUCCCGCUUCGAACAUGUGCCUUGAUACUAUGGGUAAAACUGCGAACGCUUACAUGAGCAUUUACCCUUGUGCAAAUAGCUGGACUAUGGAAAUGUCGUACUCGAUCCUUGAAGAAUUAGUAGUUAGCGAGCUUUGCUUAGAUGUGUCGGAUAAUAAAGAUGGUGCCAGAAUACAGUUGUAUGAUUGUCAUGGCCAAGGUGGGAAUCAGUUAUGGUUGCAUAAAAAGAUUCGACAUCCGAAUACAGGAAAAUGCCUUGAUCGUGGAUCGGGUAACACACCGGUUAUGAAACCGUGCUCUGGAGGGGUUUCGCAGAUGUGGUCAUUUGAUACCUACUAU